CGAUAACACAAAAACAAAAUUCAAAAGAUGGUCGCAAUUCCAGUCGUGACCUACCGAUAAUGACUGUGAAAGGUCCUGCGAACAUGCAACUCGCUAAAGAUGCUGCGAAACGAUCGCUCAGAAAGCAGGUCGAUCUGAACGCCGAUCGCUUACCUAUGUCACGUGACCUACCAACAGCAGCCAUGACGUUCCAACGUUCACAAAUCUCUCAGCAGGAGGGUUUUCCCGAUUUCAAGAGGGUUGGUGGACAUUCCUUUCAGUCGUGCUUAUUCCGACUCCGCACCUGCUCUCUCCAACGCUAAGUUUUGACGCUUUGCGAUAAUGCUCGCGUCCACGGAAAGCCACGGGAAAAAGGAAAGUACUACAGCGUACGACCUGCUUUAUCAAGCUUUUGGGCACAAACAAGAAACCAAACGAGGGAGAAUCCAAAUAUCGAACCCCAUACCUCAACACGACAUCUUACACGAAAACCAGCGGUCGCGAAGUAAUGCUGGUAUUGGCACAGCAAGCGCCGACGAACAUUCCGCGAAAAAAGCCGAUAACAGUCUCCUACCUUCGACCUCAAGCUUACACUCUCGAGCCCCACGAAGUACCACUAAAUCUCAAGCUGCUUCAAGAAAAGGAAGCAAUGACUCCAUCACACUUGCCCCACCCUUUUCCGCUCGCUUUGGCCUAGCUGCCGUUCCUCAUCGUUCUGCAAAAUCCUAUGCUGUACGGAGACCAACACGCUCAAGACCUUCUCUAUCGUCCCUACCAUCCUUGAACGAUGAGUUCGAGGACAGAACGGAAUAUAGUGUGCGAACUGUGUUUCGCCGACCUCCGAAUCCUGUUCAGACAUUUGAGAACAUACAUAAGCUCGCCGAAAUCGAAUUCUUCUUUCUAGGAAAGCCACUGGUAGGCACACGUAUCUUUCUUAGAGACGAUGUGGUUUACAAAGUUCGGAUAGAUGGCGACGAGCGGUAUAGCGAACCGCGAAGACUCUUCCUUUUAAGCGAUAUGCUAAUAUACGGUACCCCACUGGGGCAAGUGGCGACUGAUCAUCUUGCGAAUGCAUAUGAUCGGCAGACGAUUCUGUUGUUGGCAGAUUUGGAGGUUAUGGCCGUUGAUGAUACUGAUUACGCGUUGGUGGAUAUAGAGACGCCAACCCAGUCAUUGCGCGUUGGGUUUGACUCAAACGCCAAGAGAGACGAAUGGAUAGCGGUUGCACGAAGGGCAGUAGCCGAAACUCAUGCAUGGGAGGCGCGACAACGACGACGAAGGCAUUCAAACGCGUCACAAUCGUCGCUAUCUGAAUGGAAUCUUUUCAAACUCUGGCAAGGUGUUGACUUUGCAAGCAACAAGAGGGGAACUGUCGUGGAUCGCAAAGUCAGUAUGUCCACGGUGAGCAGCGUGGAGUCGGUGGCAGUGCCAUGGAUACCCGAUCAUGAGGCUACCGUUUGCAUGAUCUGUCAAACAACAAAAUUCAGCAUGAUGAUUCGAAAGCAUCAUUGCAGGCAAUGUGGUCGGGUCAUUUGUUGGAAAUGCUCGCGAUUAGAUAUCGGCGUGCGUGUUUGCACAGAGUGCUAUGCAGAAGCAAACAUGUAUUCUUCCGCACGCAGCGAGGCGUCACGAGAUUCGAUCGUAUCUCAGCCUUAAUAGAUUGUUUUCAACAAAAUUAUGAUGACCGCCGAUGGUGGAUGAUUGGGUGCAAAUAACUAGUGGCAUGAUAUUUACAGAACACCGGUAGAGUAUCCUUUCUUGAAGAAUUGUAC